GUGAGCGUUUGUUUAUUAGUGAACUGUUCAAAACAUUGACCUGGAGCCUGAUAGCCCUCGACAAUGUCCUCCGGUGAUGGAAUUCAGAUACCGAGCCGUCUCCCGCUACUGCUGACCCAUGAAGGAGUGCUCCUCCCGGGCUCCACCGUCAGGUUCAGCGUGGACUCUCCGCGGAAUAUGCACCUGGUGAAGCACCGACUACUGAAGGGGACCUCCCUGAAAAGCACCAUCAUAGGAGUGAUUCCCAACACCAGAGACCCAGAGCACGAAACGGACGACCUCCCCAGCUUGCAUAAAAUCGGUACAGCGGGGAUCGCAGUGCAGGUGGUCGGCAGUAAUUGGCCGAAGCCCCAUUACACCCUCCUCAUCACAGGAUUGUGCCGCUUUAGUGUGUCGGGUUUGCUGAAGGAGCGACCCUUCGUGCUGGCAGAGGUGGAGCAGUUGGAUAAACUGGAGCAAUAUACGACCCCGGCAACGGACGAUGUAGCGGCACAAGAUGGAGAGCUGGGGGAGCUGUCCCACAAGUUCUACCAGGCUGCUGUACAGUUGUUAGGUAUGUUGGACAUGUCUGUUCCAGUGGUGGCUAAAUUCAGACGUCUGUUGGACAGCCUGCCCAGAGAAACCCUACCUGAUUUAGUUGCCUCGAUGAUCCGCACCUCAAACAAGGAGAAAUUACAGGUCCUGGAUGCAGUGAGCUUGGAGGAGCGUUUUAAGAAGGCUCUGCCCAUGUUGACCAAACAGAUAGAGGGACUAAAACUGCUGCAGAAAACCAGGAAAAUGAAUCCCGACCAUGAGAAGAGGGUGCUGUCGGUGCGUAAAGGCGGAGUGUUCCCGGGACGGCAGUUCAAUUUGGAUGAGGAGGACGAAGAUGACGAUGGAGAUGACACUGCAGCCUUGGAGAAGAAGGUCCACGGGGCCAACAUGCCUGAAGCUGCAUUCAGGGUUUGCCUCAAGGAGCUCAAGAGAUUGAAGAAGAUGCCUCAGUCCAUGCCAGAGUAUGCCCUGACCAGAAACUACUUGGAUUUGAUGGUAGAGUUGCCGUGGAGCAAAAGCACCAAAGACUGUCUUGACAUCCAAGCUGCUCGUACCCUAUUGGACAAUGAUCACUAUGCCAUGGACAAGCUGAAGAGACGUGUGCUGGAGUACCUGGCUGUUAGACAACUGAAGGCUUCACUCAAGGGACCCAUUCUGUGCUUUGUGGGGCCCCCGGGAGUCGGUAAGACGAGCGUAGGACGCUCCAUAGCCAGGACUCUGGGCAGAGAGUUCCACCGCAUCGCUCUAGGAGGUGUCUGUGACCAAUCAGACAUCCGUGGACACAGACGUACAUAUGUGGGGAGCAUGCCCGGCCGCAUCAUCAACGGCUUGAAGACGGCGGGUGUCAAUAAUCCGGUUUUCCUCCUGGAUGAGGUGGACAAACUGGGGAAAAGCCUGCAAGGAGACCCUGCAGCUGCUCUACUAGAGGUCCUGGACCCAGAGCAGAAUCACAGCUUCACAGACCAUUACCUCAACGUGGCCUUCGACCUCUCCCAAGUGCUCUUUAUUGCCACGGCCAACACCACAGCGACCAUUCCCCCCGCCCUGCUGGACAGGAUGGAGGUGCUGCAGGUACCAGGCUACACCCAGGAGGAGAAGGUGGAGAUAGCUCACCGGCAUCUGAUCCCAAACCAGCUGGAGCAGCAUGGUUUAACACCUCAACAGCUGCAUAUACCACAAGACACAACUCAGGAUAUAAUCGCCGGGUACACCCGGGAGGCAGGGGUGCGCUCCCUCGAGAGGAAAAUCGGGGCGAUAUGCCGAGCCGUGGCGGUGAAGGUCGCCGAAGGUCACAGAGUCACCAAGUCAGAGGCUGCGACCCCCGAGGGAGCAGCACUGCAGGGAGACAAGGCAGCUCCCCCAGAGAUGCCCAUAGUGAUCGACCACAUCGCCCUGAAAGACAUCCUGGGACCUCCGCUGUUUGAGAUGGAGGUGUCGGAGCGCCUCACCCUGCCAGGUGUGGCUCUGGGUCUGGCCUGGACCCCCCUCGGUGGGGAGAUCAUGUUUGUGGAGGCGAGCCGGACGGAAGGAGAAGGUCAGCUCACUCUGACCGGUCAGCUGGGAGACGUCAUGAAAGAAUCCGCUCAUCUGGCGAUCAGCUGGCUCAGAGCUAACGCUAAAACCUACCAGCUUACUAACAUGGUUGGGGGUUCAGAUCCGUUAGAAGGGACAGACAUCCACCUCCACUUCCCCGCCGGAGCUGUCACCAAGGAUGGCCCCUCUGCCGGUGUUACCAUAGUAACCUGCCUAGCCUCGCUGUUUAGCGGCCGGCUAGUCAGAUCAGACGUCGCCAUGACGGGGGAGAUCACGCUAAGAGGGCUCGUGCUGCCUGUCGGCGGGAUCAAGGACAAGGUCCUGGCGGCCCACAGGGCAGGAGUGAAGCACGUCAUCCUCCCGAAACGCAACGAGAAAGACCUCGAGGAGCUUCCGGCCAACGUCCGCGCCGACCUCGACUUCGUCACAGCAGGAAAUCUGGACGAGGUGCUGAGCGCCGCAUUCGAUGGAGGGUUCCCCGGGACAGCCAGCACACACACACACCCUCAGCUGACCAGCAAGCUGUAAUGAUACACACACACACAGUGACAAUAUGAAGAUUUAACCAGAGGAGGCAAACAGAGUGUCACCUUUGAGCUUGGACUAACUAACAAGUAUUUCUCUGAUAUGCAAUGACAUGAUUAAUAGUUUGCACAUCUGUCGUUCAGGCAUGUCAUCGAUCCGUAACCCUGUUUUAAAGGAGCUGAAUGAAGCGAACACACAACCUGUAGGAGAGUUUACUGACAUGGACAGAGAACAACCAGUCUGUGUUACAUAAAGUUACAUCACAUAUUGGCAUUGACUCACAGCCUCUGGUGACCAGCUCACUUUACCGGCUGCUGUUUUCUUGGCUGUUUACAUUAUAUUAAUAGCACUGCUGUAGCCAAGUCAAGUGGAUGUUAGCUUAUUAAUGUCAUAACACAUUAACAGGCACUAAUUUAGCUAGAUGGAUUUCUUGUUUGUGCUGUAAAGCGUGAGUAAAGCAGUAAUGAUGGUGAUCAGAUAGUUUCAGAUGACUUGUUUUAAUUAAGUCAGACUCUCUUUGGGUUUGCUGGCUUCACUGAGACUAACAUUGGUGAUCCUGGAUGAACCCUAACAUGAAGAUUGGUAUCAACAAGCAUGUUCAUGUGAGUUCUUAAUUAUAAGCUACGUAAACACAAGUGGUGUAUUUAUUAUACAGCAACGUGACAGGAAAUGGUGACAAUUGGAUUAUUGCAGUAGCAGGAAGUGAUAAUCAGAGUGAAUGGAAUUAAGACUUCUUCGGUAUAAGAUAACAGCUGGUAUAAUGAUUUAUUUUGAAUUAUUAUCACAAAGUGGCCUCAUGUUAUUCUGAUCCGCAGAGAUGGAAUAAGUUUGAUUUAAACAUGCAGAAUAAGAAUAGCUUCAUUUACUUGUAACCUUAUUGACUCUAUUUUUCUAGACACCAACAGGUUUUGAUGGGACCCCUCUGAAUUAAACCUGUACUGUCACACAUUGUAAACCAGUGAAGCCAGAUUUCAGCCAAUUUUUCGGACAGUUUGUGUAAUUUUCAGAUGUUGGUUCUGGUGAAUAAAAGCAGUAUUGAAUAUAUGACAACUAACGUAAGAUUACAUUUUGUUUGACUGUAUUGGAAGUAUGUAUAAUUAUGUCUCAUCAGAGAUCCUACAUCGUCUUUAUUACAAAAUGCAGUUUUUUAGCAUCUUUUAGUAUCUGGAAUCCUGUGUGUUUCCAGUGAGGUGCUGACAGAAGAACGGGUUGUAAUUCCUUAUUAAUAUAAAAGCAAACUGUAGCAUUAAUGACUUUUAAAUACAUCAUGACUGGUUAUUUUCAUACUAAAGUCACAACUGUAACAGCACAGCAGAGCUGAAUUAAAGAUCCCUGAAAUCA